AUGGAGUCCUGGAGCAUAGCCUGGUCCAAUAAAGUGCAGCUACUUAUCAUCCCACUCUACCACAGUCCAGACCCGAGGGUCACUGUCGCCAUACUGCGUGCGAAAUCACGAGCAGAUUGUCUCCUGAAACGUGCUGUCUCUCCAGCCGCAGUCUUGCUCGCGCUUGCUCUUAUCUGCUUGCGCGCCAAGGCACCGAGAACGACAGUCUGGCAGCAUGGGUGUGGCCAACUACCGCCACGCAUGAGUCCGGGCGAAUGGGCGAACGUCGGCGCUAUCCGUGAUCACGAUUCGGCAUGUGUCUUGUUGCAUUGGAGUAGUUGUCGCUCUGGAGGAUCUGUCGCAUUGGAGUAUCGCGCACAUGGUUUGGUCGCAUUGGAAGCUGGGAUCAUAACGGACCCAUGGCCGCUCUCACCGCACUAUAGGAGGUGUUCCGGCGAGGAUGCCAUUGCCGGUCAGUAUCUGGAGGAUGUAGAUAGGGAGAACCUUGGGGGUAACUGCGCGCGUGGUGGUUUUGAGAUAGUGAUCCCUAAGUUGGAGUCGAAAUUCUGCCAAGACCAGGUCUGGGUUCUGACACCCGAUUGGGACUAG